AUGACUGCCAUAUAUUCCCUUUCCAAUGCAAUGAGUGAUCCAAAGACUAGUUUGGCAGGCCCAGAGAUUGGAAAUCAUACCACAAAUUCUUCAUCUCCUGAGAAGGCAAUCAUGGAAGGAUCUCAAAUUCAUAUGGAUCGUCGUCAUUCCAUCUCUGCUGCAGGGACUAACGCUGCUUCCAAUAGUUCGUCUCAGAAGAAGAGAACCAAGGCCUCACGUGCCUGCGAUCAAUGUCGUAAGAAGAAGAUCAAGUGUGAUUUUAGUGAAGAGAAAACUUUGUGUUCCAAUUGUCAAAGAAAUGGAGAAAAAUGUACUUUUGAAAGGGUACCGUUGAAGAGAGGCCCCUCUAAAGGAUAUACAAGAAACCAUUCCAAAUCAACACCUCAAACUACACAUGAGACGGAUAUUAAUCAUAAUAAGAGCCAAAAUUACGAGACGGAACGAGACAUGAAUAGAAAUUCUGCAUCGUCAAUUCCUCCUAUCACACCUUCAAGAUCGGGUUCUAUCUUAUUGCCACCAUUAACCCAUAUUUCACAACCAGGGUCCACUAUAAAUGCCACAAAUAACAACACGACUAAUAAUUUAACCAAUCAUAAUAACGGCUCAGCAACAAAUUUAAUGAAUUUGGGUCAACAACAAUUCUGGAAAGUUCCGUAUCAUGAAUUUCAGUAUCAGAGAAGAGGAUCCAUUGAUUCAUUGGCAAGUGAUAUAUCGGUAAGACCAUUAAACAAUCAAGAACAACUACUGUAUAAUCCUACACAACAAUCACCCAGCAAUAAUACAAAUGCAAAUAAUCCUACCAAUUCAGGAGGAAGUACUAGUGGUGCUAGCGCAGGAUAUUGGUCCUUCAUAAAGAAUUCAAGCUCAUUGGGCCCAACUGAGGACCCUGAGGAACAAAGUCGAAGAUCAAGCUCAAUCCCAUCUUUAUUACGGAAACCUUCAAACACUUUAUUACUGGGACAACCACAACUGCCCCCUCCAAAUAUAUCACAAAAUCCUAGUAACAACAGCGGUGCAACAGUGGGGAACAACCAAACACAACAGCAACCAUUGUAUCCUUAUUCUCAAUUUUCGCAACAGCAGCCGGCGUCACCUUCCUCUUUUGGUCAGUUUGCAGCUAAUGGAUUCCAAUCAAGACAUGGUUCCAUUGCCAGUGAAGCAAUGUCCCCAAGUACAGCUCCAGUGUAUCCAAAUGCUCCAUCGAAUCCAAAAUCGUCUUCAUUACAACAACAUCACAUAUCUCAAAUUUCUAAUCCUGAACCAACAGGAAUAAUACCCAAUCCACCUGACAUGGCACCAACCACCAAACCUGAAGAGGAAAAUCCUAAGGCAACUUCUGCUACUCGAACCUUAGAACUUGAUUCCAAUAUGGAAUCUUCAGAUAAAAAUGUGAAAAGGCGCAAGAGAAGCUAUAAUUCAAAAAAGAAAUACGUUCGUGGUAGCAAUAGUACGGGAGGUAGUGUUCAUCAUAGGUCAAAUUCUAGAAGUAAAGAUACACCUAUUUCAUCUAUGGGUUCGUCAAUGGCAGCAACACCAUCUUCCAUGGGCCAGUCUUCAGCAAUAAUAUACGGUCAAAUUUCUGAUGUGGAUAUUAUUGAUACUUACUAUGAGUUUAUUCAUACAGGAUUCCCUAUAAUACCGCUGAAUAAAAAGACAUUAACAAAUGACAUACUACUAAUAAACACACAACCUAUUUCUGAUAUUCACGAGGUUAACAAUUACGUGAUUCUUUGGUUUAGAAACUCAUUAGAAUUGUUAGUGAGACUUGCCCUUAAGAGAAAGAACGGUAGUCAUUUCUACGAUAACUUCCCUAAUGGAUUGAAUACCAAUGAUGAAAACAAUGGUUCUAAUGGGAAUCAGUCCGUUGGUGGUGGAACAAUCAAUUCUCCACAAAAACAAACAAAUGACCAAUCGAAGGAUGAGACAAAUAUUGAGAUUCAGACAAUAUUCAUUACUGCAUUAAACGAAUGUUUCCAAAAAGUUGUAGAUAUUCACCCUCAAUUCAGGGAGAAAAAAGACAAAAUUUCUCCAAAAAUCAAAAUCAUUUAUCUUUCCACAUUCAUACUCCUAAAUUAUAUUCUAGCAUUGGUAGGGUAUGAUAACUCCUUUGUUUUAGGAAUGUCAGUAACAAUAUUCAACGAAUUUAAGUUGUAUAAAUUGUUAUUGUUUAACGAUGAUAAAGAAAUAAAUUUUGGAAAUACACCACUCCAAGAAGAUAAGCAAGAACCAUUUCAUUACUCCAUAGUUUUCAAGAGAUUAUACAUCCUUUUAAUAAUAUUUGAUUCCUUACAGAGUUGUACAUUUGGCGGGCCUAAAUUAUUAAAUAUUCCAAUUAACAAUACCACAGAACAGUUCUUUGAAAAUGGCGAUGAUUUAAAAUGGAGCGUGGAAGAAAACCCUGUUAAGCUGAAAACGAUAUUGCAUGGUUUAAAGUUGGGAGAAUUAUUAACAGAAAUAUCUAUGGGAAGAAAGUCAAUCAAUCACUAUUUUACCAAGAACUCAUCUAAACAAUGGUUAUGGAAGUCGACAUCAUCAGAUGCCGUACUUGCAGAUCCAGUAAUUUUGAAAGCACAACAAGGUAGCGUUCAUCAAUUGUUCCACAAGUUGUUACUUAUCAAGAGAUUAUUUACAGAUUGCCUUUUAUCAUUAAAUGAAAGAAAUGAUGAUAAUGGUGAAGAUAAUAAGGAGUUAAAGCCACAAUUGAAUAUAACAAUUGAAUUAAGUGCAGAAUUAACAGACUCAUUAUGCUCACUAAUAUCCACAAUUUUACAUAUCUUAACAUUAUUGAUGAGAUUAAACCCAACUAAUAGCAUCGAUUACAAAUAUAGACCUGUAUUUCCACCGAUGAGAUCAAACGACGUGCUAGCUGAGCAACAAAAUGCCACUGUGGCCGCACCAUUAGAUGCCACGCCAAUGAUGUCAAAUGAUGCUGAAUUUUAUAAAAAACUGUUGGGCUUGAAGCAAGAUAACGGUACAUUUCUAUCUGACUUAGCAAGAGGUACAAUCUCGCCAUUCGCCAUAGCUCUUCUACAUGAAGUCCAUAAUAUCACAGAUUUAGUAAAACAGAUGCCUACAUAUUUAAUUGGGAUAGUAAUGAGAAGUAACACCGCUCUAAAUAAUGUCGAAUCAACAGAUCCAUCAACCAAACCACAAGAUUUGGUCGUGAAGCUAUCUAAUUCUAUGAAUGAAAUGGUGCAGAUAACAAGCCUGUUAAACAUGAUCAAACCGUUCAAGAUAUUUGAUCAUGAAAUAAAUAAGAAUAAUUCCAUGGGUUUCAAUGAGGAAUCAGACGACGAUUCUGUGAUGAAAGAUCUAUUGGACACUCAUGCUGAAGGUGCAGAGCAUCAAGGUGAGGAUGCAGUGUUGGAGAAAUUUAUCAGAACUGGAUGGAAACUACUUGAUGAUUCUGAAUUAGGUUGGUAUUAA